AUGCCGCCGUCCGUCCCUGCCCCGGCCCGGCGCGUCCCAAUUGAGCCGCUGACACCGGCAGCAUUUGCGUCCUUCGGCACCGUCAUCGAGAACCCGGCGCGGACGGGCUCACCGCAGGCCGGCGGCGGCCUGCAUGCAGUGCGCGCCAACCAGGGCACCGCCCUCAAGUACCUGGACGUCACGCACAUGACCGACUUCUACCACCUGGCUGCGAGCGGCAAGGCUGCCAAGGCCGUCAUGAACAUGUUUGUGUGCUCGCCCCGCAAGCUGCGCCACGGCGACGUCUUCGACGUGUCCAUCCUCGAGCGCCACCCCUUCACGCCACAGACAUUCAUCCCCAUGGGCCAGGCCGCUUCCGAUGCUUCGACGCAGUAUCUGAUCAUCGUUGCCCCGACGCUGCCAGCGUCGGUCAAGGCUCAAACCAUUCGUCCGCCGCCCUUUCCGGCGCCGGAGCCACGGAAGCGCCGUUCACUCGGCGACAUCUUCUCACGCGGACGCCCCUCGCCCUUCACCAACGAAGCAGCGCCGCCUUCGCCAUCGGCAACGAGGGAGCCGGCACCGGUUGCGCCACCGAAGGGCCCUGGCCUGCCAGAUCUCGACAAUGCCAGGGCCUUCAUCGCCAAGGGGAACCAGGCCGUAACGUACGGUGCCGGCACUUGGCAUGCGCCAAUGUGCGUUCUGGGCGCCGACGACAUUGACUUCGUCGUGGUGCAAUUUGCCAAUGGCGUGGGCAUUGAAGACUGCCAGGAAGUAGAGCUGCAGGCGGCCGAUGGCAGCGAGGGGCUGACGGUGCCGGUUGGCGAGAGCACCGUGGCAGGACCCGUGGUGAAGGCGAGACUCUGA